UUGCACACUGGAAACAGUCGUUAGAAUCGCUAGAAGGAAGGGAGUGCCAUAAGGGAACAGCGACAAGGGAUUCUUUUUUCUUUUUUAAAUAAAAGGUUGCGCAACAUAAUCCAUCGCUGCAGUGCUUUUGAUGCAAGCUCAGAGACAAAGGAACACCAAACCUGACUGGUGUGGGGCUCAGAGCAGAAAUAAGAAGCUUUAGGAGACUCGUGGUCGACUCAACGUCAGCGCGUCUCUUCCUUUUCUUUUACGCGUAAAGCUGCAAGAAGAAAAGUAAACUUUUGGAGACGUUUUUGUACUGUAUCUUUUUUUUUAAAUUAACAACUUUCCGCCGCUUUGUAGGCGAAUUAUCAGAUCUCUCUACCGCUGCUGGAUCUAAGCCUUUAACGGGUUCUUUCCAAAUAUAGCCACUGUAAAUGCUGGAGUGUCCUUGACGGAGCGGCGCGAUCCUAGAUCGAAUAUUUGCAGCGCUGCCAAAGUUUAAAAUUAAAUACUCAGAUCAUUUUGAGUCAUCGGGGAUUUUCUUUUAGCAACACGUUAAGGGUAUUUUGCAAAUUAGGACGCUUGAAUCAGUUGGCGUGUUGAUAUUUUAGAAGCUGGCGCGGUUCAUAUGUUUUUCUUCCUAUUGUGAACUACUGUAUGUUGAUGUAAAAACGCUCUGUAGCCGACGAUUGCUCCCAACAGAAGCCAUUUUUAAGUACUUGAUUUAUAGUCCCGUCUGAGUCACUGAAUACGAGCUGCUCAACCUGCUCUGAGCUGCAGCCUUAACCUGAGCACAUACAUUAUUAGCACUUUUUUUUUUUUUUUCUUCUGUUGCUCUCAAUUCUCCAACCAUGACUUUUUGUGCGUCUUGCUCCGGGCGCGGUGGAUGUGCCAUGGCUCGGUUUUUCUUCACCAUCUAUGUCUUGGCGCUUGGUUUGUCGCUGGGCUUGUCUGGAGCUGAAGCCCAGCAGGCCAAGACGACCGGGGAGAGCCCACCGGGGGUCACCCUCCUUACUCUGAUCACGGGAACCUGCCGGGAGAUCCAGCAGUACGCGGAGUCAGUGGUGGGAACCGGCGUGGUGCGGUCAACUGUUGAGAGUGCAGUGUUGUUUCUUGAGUCAAUGCUUGGUCAGGAGAACGUCUAUACAGUGGCCAUGUUUUUCGAGAUGGUGAUCCGAUUCCUGGCUGAAGGAGCUGCCAGUGGCCUGAAUGUCAUUGCUGUUUACGUCACAGAGAUCCUCAGGGUCACAGGAUUCGAUGUUGCACUGACGUUGCCCCGAUUCACUCCAGAGGGUGUGACUGCCGUCGCCCAGUGGGGUCUGGUGGCUCUCAUUGGCUACUGGGUGCUGACCAUUGUUCUCCGUCUGCUGAUUGCCGUGGUGAGGCGGGUAUUCUGGGUGGUGAAAACUGUGCUGGCGCUCUGGCUUUUCGGGCUGAUUGCGACUGAUAAGACUGCCAGUGCAGACACCACGGCGGUUCGACUGGCCGGCCUGGUGCUGGCAUGUGUCCUGUUGACUCUGCUCACGUCUGCCUCUGAGAAGCCAUGUGCAGUGGAACACCGGCUGAGCUGCCUGGAGGGGCGGCUGAAGGCAGUAGAGAAGAGGAAAGGGGAAUAGUGAUGGGAGAGGGUAGAGAGGAGUACAGAUGGACAAAGGUGAUGGUAAUGUCGGUUAAGAAAACAGUAACGUUGAUGGUUUCUAUAUGUGUCAAAACUAUUAUGGCAAUAAAGUAAUCUCUGGGAUUUUUAAAUCAGGAAUGCUCUUUUUGUUUUUCCUUCAGAAAACACCAAAGGAAGAAGUUGAUUUUUAGCAGGUAUAGUGUUUGUCACGUUCAGCAUCUUAGUCUAUCAUUUGCUAAUUAGCAUUUAAAGUACAACAGAGACUGAUGGGAAAUGUUAGGGAUAUCUGUGCCAAAUUUCAUGGAAAUCCGUCCGAUAGUUGUUGAGAUAAUUUAGUGUGGACCAAAGCGGUCAACUAAUUCCCAGAUUGGCUUAGUCGGAUUAUUUUUACUUCAUCAAGACACUGAAAAAACCCAGGAUCAAACAGCCAGUCUCAUCUCUGAUGUCUUAGUCUCAACUCACCAUGACCAGCACGGUGUCUUCAACCCAGGCUGAUCCGUGGUCUGUUGACAGCCACUUCAUUCCUCCUGUGCGCCUGGUUGCUUCCCUGCUGCUCAGUCAGCUGGAAGCUUUUUUGAUCCUUGGGUUUACACCAGCAGCGUUCACCCCCCACUGCCGCUCCAGCCGAGUGGAACAGCCUGACCUCGGUGCCAGAAUUAUCGUUCCUGCUAGCUCAGUCUGCAGCAGCGAAACUCUCUUCCCUCCUGUACUUGGCCAUGGUGGAAUGCCAAGUGGGCCAGAUAUGAAUCCACAGUGAAACUAACUGUGAGGCCUCACUGUGUCACCGCCUCUCUGCGUCAUCACAGAGGCAAAGAUAAGCAGCGGUGAUGAUGUGCUGCUACACCUAUAAAUUAAGUAUUUGAUGGAAAUCUUAAUGUCAAAAUUAAGCAUCUGAGAGGAUGUAUGUGAAUGAAGCCAUUGACUUUAAAGCUGUUGUGAUCCAUAUAUUUGUAAUAUAUAAAUAUAAGGGUAGCAAUGGAUCAGAUCACUGUGUAUUAUGAAAGGUAUAAUUUGUACUGACAAAACUACAGAGAAUUAUCACCCGUCUCUGCAGUUAGGGUUAGGGUUGUGUUUUCAUAACAUAAAUAAGCAACUCUUUGUGAUCUACAGCUAAAAAAAAAAAAAAAGAAAGAAAAUUAUUUUUAGCAAGUUCAGUUUGG